AUGACACAAUCAAUCCUCACCGCUACCCAAGAUGGCAUCACCACCAUCACCAUCAACCGCCCCCACCGCCGCAACGCCGUCGACCCCCUAACCGCAAAAGCCCUCUACAACGCCAUCCGAGCCUUCGACGCCGACCCCGCCCAGAAAAUCUGCAUCCUCACCGGCGCAGGCGGGACUUUCUGCGCCGGCGCAGAUCUCCACGCUGUCGCAGCAGCAGGAACCUCCCCAUCCGCACUGACAACGCAGGAGAACCUCCAGCCUGUCCCUGUCCCGUCUAACAAGGAUGAACCCGUCCCAUCCCUCGGACCAAUGGGUCCUUCCCGUCUGCACACAUCCAAGCCCCUCAUCGCAGCGAUAGCCGGACACGCCGUCGCAGGCGGGCUGGAGCUCGCGCUGCUCGCUGAUCUGCGCAUCGUCGAGGAGGACGCCAUCCUCGGUGUUUUCUGUCGGCGGUGGGGCGUCCCGCUUAUCGACGGCGGGACGGUGCGCCUGCAGGCGAUUGUGGGGUUGGGAAGGGCGCUGGAUCUGAUUCUUACGGGGCGGGGGGUCGGUGCGCGCGAGGCGCUGGAGAUGGGGUUGGCGAGUCGGGUUGUUGCGAAGGGGAGGGCGGUGGAGGAGGCGAUGGUGUUGGCGAGGGAGUUGAUGCGGUUUCCUGAGCGGUGUAUGAAUGUUGAUCGGGGGAGUUGCUAUUACAGUGCGUAUAGGGCGACGUCGAUGGAGGAUGCGCUGCGGAGGGAGUUUGAGAUGGGUUCGAAGGUGUUAGCAACGGAGAGUGUGAGGGGGGCGGCGAGGUUUAGGGAUGGGGAGGGGAGGCAUGGGAGGUUCGAGAAGCUGUAG